AUGCCACCUCCUCGUCCGAGUCCUUUAGAAGAGCCGCAAAUUACCGAUGACCACGAACUUAACGCCGAAAGAUUCUGGGAUCAAAGUAACUGGGCCCCAUCUGACUAUUUCUUGUUACCAUCCGACCAGUUGGAUAGAGUCCGCAAGCGCUUGCGACCCGGGCAGAGGCCGAGGGCAUGGAACUUCUUGAGGUGGUUGCUCGUGCCACGUGAUAUUGCUUCAAAUCUCGGACAGCAAGACGACGAUGCGACAUGGACGGUAGACCGCAAUCUGUUCGAGGGCAACUCUGUAGUCGGUCUGUGGGUCAAACGCGACGCCGAGCAAAAGCGAGUCGAUGAGAUUCUUGUCAAGGAGACAGCUGCUUUUGACCAUGCGUACUUCUCCGAAACACUGAAGAAGACGGGUAAAAAGAAAAGGUCUGGCAUCGCUAUGGAAGCCGUUUGGCAUUUGGAUAUCCAAAGGCAAGAGCGGGCCGACAGACCCGACGAGGAGAUCAGAAACAUUGUGCACCUACGUGGUUACAAGUACAAUAACUGGCCGAAGCAGAGCGAAACUCCGAUACGGCUUUAUCUCACAUAUGCUCCACACGGGACAGUGCUGGAUUUGAACUUUCGAUAUCAGCUUUGCGGUCACAGUGUUCCAGAGGCUUUCUGGUGGCACCUCUUGAGUUCUGUGGCCAAGGCAUGCCUCGUCUUCAAGAGACCCCUGGAGGAGGACGCACUCUACUACAAAACCACAGAGUCCAGUGGGCGUUCAGAUGGAGACUACAUGCUUCAUGGAGACAUCAAGCAUGUCAACGUCGUGUUGGAUUACGCACCGCUCGAGGACGAAACUCUUCACCGCAUCUAUCAGAGGCUUGAAGAACCUGACCAUUUCACAAGGAUUUACCCUGUGGUCAAGCUUACAGACUUCCAGUUCAUGCACUACGCAAAACCAGAUCGGCCGUUCAAUUUUAUCGAGUCAGGCACUGCUCAUUGGGCAACACCAGAGCAGCUGAAAUGGGGCAAGGAUCUCAUACCUCCGCCCAACGACUACGAUGCACUGGAGUACGACUCCAGAUGGGAGGUCUGGCAGAUCGGAAAGAUGGUCUACGAGGCAGCCCAACGUCCUGGCGACAGCCAGACGUACACGAAAUUGCUUCUAAAGGACGCCGUGGAUUGGGACGAUUCUCAAUCGUUAUACGAAGCCCGAAACGGCCACUUCCUAACGGACGAGCAUUUGAACCGAAUCCCUUCAGCCGAAUUGAAAGCUUUGCUGAUGCGCUGCUUACACCCGUCCGUCGCAAAGCGACCCACCAUGUAUCAGCUUGCGAUCGAAACCGACACAUGGCUCACAGCAUGGAAUAGGAAAUUGCGUACCACUGCCACGUCAGUCGACGACCUCAAGCAGCAUCGACUCUACUACCGCAACAACGAAAUCAACGAGCUAGGCCCUGGGAAUGUCAUGGAACACGAGGGAGAAUUAGCCCAUAAGGACUACAUGAAGUACAAGUACUGGAAUCCCGAGUAUCCUCUGGACAUCACCCCUGGCCGGUUUCGACGCCCGACGCCUAACGAUAAGCAGGAAAGAGACAAGCGGAUGGUCGAAAGGGAAGCCGACGCGCUGGGCUCGUACGUGAUUCCCCUACCUCCGCCAUCAGAGGCCGAGUUACAAGCGCAGAGGGCACAGUACACGGCGCUUGGCAUGCAGGGACUGAGGACGGAGAUCAGGGCUAGGAACCUCGACGUACGGCUUGCGGGGAAGGGCGUCACGAAGGAUAGCCUUGCGAAGAAGCUGGUUGACCAUGAUGAGGAGGCGAGGGCGGAGAAGAAGAGGAAAUGGGUCGAGAUUGGUGAAGGGGAGGUAGACGAAGAAGACGAAGAAGAAGAGGAGGAGGAGGCGGAAGAGGAGGAAGAAUACGUAGAUGAUGUGGAGGAAGGAGAGGGAGGAGCGGAGGGAGAGCCGGCAGUGGCGCAGAGAGAUCUUGUAGAAGGAGGAGAAGAGGAGGUCGGAGCGACGGAGGCGGCAAACAACCGAGAGGCGCGGAAAAGAGAACGAGCCAAGAGGAUUGUGAGAAGCGAUGACGAGGAAGACUAUAACAAUGAGGAAGACUGA